AUGAAUUUCCUCAGAGAAACCAACAACCCAUCCCCAUCGGAUCCUCCUCCCCCAUAUACCCCCUCGGAUACAUCUCCCACAUUGCCAGAACCAGAACCAGACGCCAAAGAUCCAAUCCCAUACCCGUCCUCCACCACAUCAGAACACACAACUUCCACCCUGAUUCAGAAGCAGGGAAUCCAAAUCCCCUCAAAACACGACUACUUCACCUCCGGCUUCGCGUACCCUCCCUUCCUGGCCAACUACGACAUCUCCUCUCACCACUGGAGCCAGUUCACCCACGACCUCAACGAGGAGGCGAAACUCUCACCCCGACAGUGGGCCACGACAGUCGCCAAGGGCGUAGGCGUUCUCGCGCUGGGCGGGAUGAUGGCCGGCGUGCUUGGCGCGAUUCCUGCUGUCCUGGUGGCGCGCAAGGCGAGGCGGAAUCGGGAGGAGAUGAAUCUGAUUAUGGCUGCUUCGGAGCGGCCAGCCGAUACGGACUGCGGGUCUGAGGGGGGGUCGAGACUGUCGAGGAAGGUGGAGAGGUGGAAUGAGACGUUCUUUCGGCCGAGGGGGAUUGUGGUCAGGGUUGAUCUUCCGUGGGAGGACCUGGACGAGAUGCAGGAGAUGGAGGUGAUUGCUGGCCGGAGAUUUGGCUCGUCGAGGAGAGAUGAGCAGGCUGUGAGGGAGGAUGCGUCGCGAAAGGCGAGGAUUGUGAUUAUCCCGGUACAUACAGAUUCAUCGGCUUCAAAUUCUUGA